AUGAGUAGUGGAGGUGCAGAUAACAGUUACGCCACCAAUUCUCUUCUUCAGAAAAGAGUUUUAUCGAAGGCCAAACCGGUCUUGAUAAAGAACACAAAAGAAAGGAUGAUAAAUCUAAACUUUCCUCAGAGCAUCAAAAUAGCUGAUUUGGGAUGUGCUUCGGCAAACACGUUCUUGACAAUGUCUGAGAUCGUCAAUACAAUCAAUUUGUCAUGCCAACAAUGGAACCAAAAGCCACCGGAGAUUGACUGUUGUUUAAACGAUCUACCAAAUAACGAUUUCAACACGACAUUUAAAUUAAUACCUUUCUUCAAAAAGAGGGUCAAAAGAAAAGAGUCGUGCUUCGUUUCUGGAGUCCCCGGUUCCUUCUACUCGAGGCUCUUUCCCCGCAAUAGUCUCCAUUUCGCACAUUCAUCUUACAGUCUUCAUUGGCUCUCUAAGGUUCCCCAAGGACUUGAGAAGAAUGCCUCGAGUGUGUACAUAACAACUUCAAGCCUUCCUAGUGCAUACGAGGCUUACUUGAAUCAAUUCCAAAGAGACUUUGGCACAUUUCUAAGAAUGCGUUCUGAAGAGAUGGUUUGUAAUGGACGCAUGGUUCUCACUUUCAUUGGUAGAAGCACUCUUGAUGAUCCACUCUAUAGAGAUUGUUGUCACUUUUGGACACUGUUAUCCGAAUCUAUGUGCGACCUAGUCUUUGAGGGCAUUGUGAGUGCAUCUAAGGUUGAGUCACUCAACAUGCCGUUUUAUGAUCCAAGCAAAGAAGAAGUGAAGGAGGUGAUUCAAAACGAAGGCUCCUUCGAGAUCAAUGACUUGGAGAUUCAUGGAUUUGAUCUCGGCCAGAGUAGUAGUAACAACGAGGACGGUGGAGCAGGGGAAAAGGAAACCAAAUGUAUCAGAGCGGUAAGUGAAUCGAUGCUUGUAGCACACUUCGGGGAUGAUAUUAUCGACGCAUUGUUUAACAAGUUUGCAUACCAUGCGUCCCAACAUGCUGGCUGCACUAGCGAAACGACAGUUACUCUUGUCGUUUCCUUGAAUAGAGAAAAUAAUAAUUUCAUUAGAAAUUGUCCAUGUAAUUUGAGCUAA